AGUUACUGGACGCGGCGCACGAGGACCGGUGCCCGCGGUCGGCGUCUGGCCUCGCCAUGGUCCGGCUGCCUCUGCAGUGCGUGCUCUGGGGCUGCAUCUGGACCUCCGUCUACCCCGAGCCACCCACUGAAUGCGGAGAAAACCAGUACCUCCUAAACAGUCAGUGCUGUGAUAAGUGCCGACCAGGAGAGAAGCUGGUGAACGACUGCACCCAGCUCACCGUCACCCAGUGCCUGCCUUGCAGUAAGGGCGAGUUCUCCGACACCUGGAACAGAGACAGACGCUGUCACGAGCACAGAUACUGCGACCCCAAUCUCGGGCUCCGGGUCGAGAGAGAGGGCAGCGCAGAAAGAGACACCCUCUGCGCCUGCGAGGAGGGCCGGCACUGCACCGGUGGCACCUGCGAGAGCUGUGCCCUACACACCUCGUGUGGCCCUGGGCUUGGGGUCAAGCAGCUUGGUACAGGGACUUCUGACACCGUCUGUGAACCCUGCCCCGUCGGCUUCUUCUCCAAUGUGUCAUCCGCUUUUGAAAAGUGUCACCCCUGGACCAGCUGUGAGACCAAAGACCUGGUGGAGCGCCAGCCAGGGACCAACGUGACUGAUGCUAUCUGUGGUUUCCAGAGUCGGACGAGAGCCCUGGUGGUGAUCCCCAUCGUCGGGGUCCUCCUGCUGGCCAUCUUCCUGGUGUCGCUGUACAUCCGUGAGUCCCCAGGGAAAGUGCUCAAGAAGCCGAUGGAGAAGGCCAUCCAUCUUCCGAAGGCUCAGGGGCAAGAUCCUGUGGAGACUAUUUUUCUGGAUGAUGUUGCUCCAUCUCCUGCGGCUCCAGUGCAGGAGACCUUACAUGGCUGCCAGCCGGUCACCCAAGAGGACGGCAAGGAGAGUCGCGUGGCCGUGCAGGAGAGGCAGUGAGGCUGCGCCUGCUUGGGACGCGGCUGCACGGGUCCAGGACACCUGGCUGAGAGCCCGGAGCUGCUGCCGUGGUGACAGCGUGGGGCCAAGGGGACGACGCCGACCAGGCACAGCCCCCUGGGCCUCUGCACUCAGAGGAGCCCACGGCGCCCUCAGGGACUCCCGCCACACACCUGGGCUCCUCCAGUUGCACAACUUGCUUUGCUUUUGGAGAUGGAGGGAAGACUCUGGGGGCCCAAGGGGAGACGGUGACACCCACCAAGCCUCCAGCCCAGCGGAGCAGCCUGGCACCCAGAGACGUGUCGUGUGGCUUCCACGCGCCCAGGAGGCUUAUACACGUGUGUCUGUUGUGGCUUUUUGUUUUGUAUGUGGUUGUGAAUGACUGGAGACCACUUCCCUGUCCAUCAGCAGGGACUGGUAAAUAAAAUGGCACUGUAUUUAUACAGCAGGGUCUCCACAACACGGUCCGAUGGAAA